AUGACAUUCCGCUGCUUGAAGAUGGAAAUCAUGGGCAAUUUACAGAAGGAAACACAUACGCUUUUCCUCUUCAUCUCCGACCCACCCCGCCAAGCCGACGAUCCAGUGGUCAUCGUCCUCGCCGGCGCCAGGGAAACUACAAGGUUCUACCCCACACUUGAACGGCUCGUCUCCCCAUUUGCCCGUAUCCUCCGGUAUCAGGGCUCGGUCGCCGUGAGAAUGGCCGCAACCGCUCAACGACAGUAA